UCGCCGCCCCAGUCCGCUCUGCGGGCUCCCGCGGCCUCCUCCCUCUCUCGGCGCGGGGCUGACGGCUCGGGCCCCUCUCCCGGCUGCGGGCCCGCCACUCCGGCUGCCCGGGGAAGUUCCCCUCCAGGUGCCGCGGGAGCAGGUGCAGCGGCGGCCCCCGGCCCCCUCCAGCCCAAGGGCGCCGAGGGGGCCGCCUCCGCCGCGAUCGCCCCCGCCAGGGCGCCCCGCCGCCUCGCACCGCCUCGCACCGCCUCCUAGCGGCCGCUGCAGGGCCCGGAAAGAGCGGAGUAGCUCCCGGAGUCCCGGGAGAUGAACUUUGGAUCCGCUCGCCCCUCGGCCUCCGCGGAUCCGCCUGGCUCAGGGAGGGGCCGCCGCGGCCGCUGAGGACUCGAGCGGGGACUGCACCCGGCGCGGCCGCCCAGCUCCGGGCCCCAGGCGCCUGCUUCGCCCCCGGGCUCCCCUCGCCGCCCCCCUGCCGCCUCCCCGCGGUCCCCUGCGAAUCCCCGCGCCAUGAACCCUGCGCAGGGAGAGCAGGGGCGCCGGGAAGGCGCGGCUUCGCAGGCGGCGCGGGACCGGGUCCCCAGGGUUGAUCCAUAUGGAUUUGAAAGGCCUGAAGACUUUGAUUAUGCAUCUUAUGAAGAAUUUUUUUCAACCUAUCUGGUAAUACUCACUAGAAGAGCCAUUAAAUGGUCUAAACUUUUAAAGGGAAGUAGUAGUGUCCAGAAAAGUAUGAGAGUGAAGCGCUACAUCCGCAAAGGCGUUCCCCUGGAGCACCGGGCCCGCAUCUGGAUGGGCGUGAGUGGCGCCCAAGCCCAGAUGGAACAGAACCCCGGCUACUACCACAGGCUCCUCCAGGGAGAGAGGAACGACAGCUUGGAGGAAGCAAUCAGGACAGAUAUGGACAGGACCUUCCCAGACAAUGUAAAAUUCCGAAAAACUUCAGAUCCCUGUUUACAAAAGACCCUGUACAACGUGCUGCUGGCAUAUGGGCAUCAUAACCGAGGUGUGGGGUAUUGCCAGGGAAUGAAUUUUAUAGCAGGAUAUCUGAUUCUUAUAACAAAGAAUGAAGAAGAAUCAUUUUGGCUACUAGACGCUCUUGUUGGAAGAAUAUUACCUGAUUACUAUAGCCCAGCGAUGCUGGGUCUGAAGACGGACCAGGAAGUCCUUGGUGAGCUGGUGAGGAUGAAGAUUCCAGCAGUGGCUGACCUGAUGGAGGGGCACGGUGUCCUGUGGACCCUGGUCGUAUCUCGCUGGUUUAUUUGCCUGUUCAUCGAUAUCCUGCCUGUGGAGACUGUGCUCCGAAUUUGGGACUGUUUAUUCAAUGAAGGCUCAAAAAUUAUCUUCCGGGUGGCCUUAACGUUAAUUAAACAACAUCAGGCCUUUAUUUUGGAGGCCACCAGUUUUCCAGACAUUUGUGAUAAAUUCAAGCAGAUUACAAAAGGAAAUUUUGUAACAGAAUGUCACACAUUUAUGCAGAAAAUAUUUUCAGAACCUGGAAGCUUAUCUAUGACAACCAUUACCAAGCUUCGAGAGAGCUGUCGUGCCAGGCUGCUCACUCAGGGGUUUCAAGACGGUCCUCUCAGGAGAAAGGUGUUUAAAAUGGUGGUGCUGAGGUAAGGCUGCCCAGGAGCCCACAGCCUCAUCUGGAGGAAGGCAGGCUUGGGAAUGGUGGGAAGCUGCCUGAGAGGUGCAAGACAGACCCAGCUGGAGCAUCUCUGGCAGGGCAGGAGCCCCCUGAGUCUCCCCAGCCCUGACUCCACUUCAUUUCUUCAGCCUCACUGCCUGAAAUAGGGAUUCUGCCUUGGGGCUGGAUUGAGAACUCUCGGCAGAGCUGAGCCCUGGCUGGCCUGCUGAUGGCUGUACCCAGGCUUGCUUACCCUACUCAGGUUUAACCAUCUGCUGUUACUUGUAAACACCCUAGUUUUUCCAAAUAAAUAAUCAGUCUGGCAGGAAAAAAAUUCACCUUCAUUCUGUCUCUGAAUUUCCAGUUAUGUUUUAGCACCCCUUACAGAUUUCUGUCCUGACUCCUGCUCAGUUGAUUGGCUUCUUAAAUUACAUGUCUUCAUGGAAGUUUCACUUCCCUUCAAAGAGGAACAGGGGAAUGAGAGUCGAUACUGAAUUCACUCUGAACUCUGGAAGUGUUUUGUGAAAGGAAGCAUGUUUUCACCAUAUUGAUAGAUCCUCGUCCAGAGCAACAGCCUGGAGGAUUGCAAGAGCCCUGUCUAAGGGGCCCCAAGUUCUGGAUUCUGGUUCAGGCUCUGCACCUACUUCCUUGUCUCACCAGACAGAUCAUGGUAAACUCUUGGGACCCCCGUCAUCACCUCUACCGUACGACAAACAGACAAUCACUACGAUGGCUUCCUUCCCUUGAGAAAAAGAGGAGCAGAUGUCAAGAGCCUAUCCAUGAAUGAAGAUGGAGUCAGGACCAAAAUACAGUAAUGUCCCAAUUAAUAACUCUGAUAUUGUUACAAGGUUUGCUGCUAGGAAGUGAAACAGUGGACUGUACUUUUAAUCACAUCGUGGCUCUCGAUCAGUCAUGGUCUGGGGAAGUGAAAUGGAUCAUAGAGAUCCUGGGGUCUGCUUUCUUAACUCACAACUAAAAAAAAUAACUGAGAAAUCAAGUGACUUGGACUGACUGGAGUUGCUCAUCACUGGCCCAGCAAGCCUAGAAUCUGGCUUACCGAUAAUCAUUGAUUCUUUCAAUCCCCAAAUUCUUAUGGAAGCUAAAGUGGUGCUUAUUGCCUUAUAAGAACGGAUGUUUGCUUUCUUGGUGGACUUGAAAAUUUUGUGAUCAUCCUCUGCCAUGUGGAAGGACACGAUAUACAAAUUUGUAUGUAUGCAGCACAGCUGUUUAAAAGACUGGUCUCAUAAAUGCAUAAUUGUUAACACUUCAACACCAGCUGCGUAGCUCUCCCUCUUCAAUUCCAGGACUUGGUGAAGCACACGCUACCUUGGACAGGAUGAGGCUGGCAUCUCUCCAAGGCAGUUCACUGGAAGCAGUUUUAUCUAAACUAGCUGGUUGGAUUUCUUAAGACCUCACAGACCCUCUGAAAGGAACCCUCAAAUUGCCAAGGUUCCUCUUCUUGAAAUACAAACAUCUGGAAUCUCUGCAUCAGGUUCACCCAGUAGUUGGUGUUUCCUCAGUGCUAACCUGCCUGGGUAUUAACUAUUCAUCGCCUCACAUCACUGCUUUCAAAUCUGCUAGGGAAAGCAAUGUUGUCCACUUUGGGGGUUACCACGGGGCGCAACUCAUUUACAUGAUAGGCUCUUCUGAGCUCAGUUUGGUUCCUUGGUAGCUUUUGUCCUGUCAGGCAGAGACUACUGCCUGCUUCAGCAAAUGCUAUUACUUUAACGUUCUCUUAACUUUUAUGCUGUGAAUCACAAAACAUCUGCCAAGACCUGAACACUGGCAUUAUAGAGGCCAUGACUGUUGGUUUCUCUCUCCUUUCUGGAAUAGGCAAAAGGAUCAUUUCUUCAUCAUUUUAAAUACUUGAUAAACUGUCCAAGAUCUCAUCUAUUUCUUUAGAUUUGGGAAAUUAAUCAGAGACAUAUCACCAACUUCCUAACUCUUGGGAUUGUUUUGCUAUUUGAGGGCCUUAAGAAACUCCAUCCUCUGGGAUCUUGAGAAUUUUUACUUCCUUAGCAACAACAGAUUGUUGACAACUUAAAUCCUGUUCUGAGCUCAGUGUCCCUGUUCACGUGGACUGUGCUCUUCCGCACUUGAUUUGAAGAGGACUGCUAAUCAGCGCCAAGUAUGGACCCAGCACGCAUGGCAAAAUAAUUAUACAGGGCCACAUCAGGUUUUACCAAAAGUAAAUCCCAUACUCCCAGAGUAAAAAUUCACAUGGAAGCCCUUGGAGCUUGACUGUAAGGUAAGGUCCAGUGUUGACAGCAGACUCCAGGACAGGAUUUUUUGAUGCAGGUGUGUGAUGAUGUAGGUCAGGGGAGCUCAAAUUCUGGGGGCUAUCGGCAGGCUUUCUCAGCUUUACAAAUCAAGGUCUGCAGCCCCUGAUAAUGUUUUGUAUUUGCUUAAAUAAAAAACAAAAACAAAUUAAGCAAUUAGGAACAAAUGAAAUACUGCUGUGCAAGCUCUUCAUGAAGAACCUGAGGUAGCAGUGACUUGGCCUACAGAGUGGGCCAGGUGGGAGGGGAGGGCAGCAUUUUAAAUGCGUUAUCUGCAAAACCAGACUUGACUUGUCCUUUUAAACAUAUUGGUUCACGAGCUGAAACUGGAUCAGCACACCACGGAGCCCCUCUGUUUCAGAUGUUCUUGUUCAGAACCUGUGGUCCUUUGACAGAUGAGAUGGCAGUUUUCAGUACUACAGAGAAGCCACCUGCUCUGGCCUCUUCUCUCCACUGCAUCCUUAUUUUUAACUAGUACAUGUUACUCAUGACAUAGAUGGAUGUUUGCUAGAGGCCACAACAGUUGGCCUUAUUCUUAUAAUUUAAGACUGAAUUUAAGAGAAAACUAAUGUUUUCUUGCAGUUAGUAUCCAAAAGAAUGGCUACAAAGUCCUCUUCUAAAACCAGGUGUCACUUUGAGCAGACUACCUCCUCACCCUUCCCCAGAGUGUGGUUAUUGCUGUUAUACACUUAACUCCUGACUAUUCUUAGUGAACUUUUAACUUAAAAGUAAGAUCAACAUCAUUCUGUCAUGGUCUUUCGUUUUUAGCUGACAAAAGUACUACGUCCAGACAAAUAAAGAAAGAGAAUUUUUAUUAGCAUUGUUACAGGCAAUGCAUUACAUAUGAACUGAUCCUUGAAGUGUACAACCCCAACCAAGCUGUAAGCGGAUAAAUCAGUAGAGUGAAAUCUAUAUUGUACACAAGUGCAGAAAUAGGAGCACCCUGAACUUCAAACAGAAGACUGAAAAUCACUUUACAAAAAAGUAAAUAAAAAUAACACCCAUUUUUAUAUUUUAAAAAGUGCCAGUUCUUAAGUGGCAGAGCAUCAAAAAUACCAAAGAUAUGCCCAAUUAAGUCUGUAAUGCUUGAAUGAUGAAUGCUGCACACCGUGUACGGUCCAGCCUGUCCUGGUUUUCAAAGCUUAAUUUAAGCAUUUCAUAGUUUCAUCUUUUGGAGUACUUUUACGUUUUUCUUCUUCUACGUAACAAUUACCUAGCUUUCAUCAAUUUUAAGUAUUAAGACCAAGCAUUUUCCCUUUGUAAGGCUUAAAUCUGAAUACAGUAAAGAAUGAAGAAACCAAAUACCAGAAUCUUAAGAAGUCAAAUGAUAGUGGAGCCAGUGCCAAUUUAGAAAUGUACUCUUACCCUUACCUUAGAGUUCUACUUUGGUAAAUAUUAAUAUUUAACCAGUUAGCAAAACAUUUAACCAAGUUAGCAAAAUUAACACCAUCAUUUCAAUAGUUACUUUUUUGUGCAUAGUAAAUGUUGCAAGAUGAACUUCACAUUUGAUAAAGCAGACUUGAAAAACAGUUUGCAAGAACGUAUGCCUCCCUUUCAAUACCAAUUUAAGCUCAGGGAAAAUGAAUAUAGACCCCUUGCAACUGCUGCUGAUCUACAGUGGUGGUGGCGAUGAGCAAGUGGGGACGCUAGAUCGUCUGGUAGCCAGCAUGGCUUCUCUUCCUGCCGAUGAGAUAGGCAAUCAGGACAAUCAGGACCAGUCCUGCAAGGGCUCCACCGACAGCAAUGGGAAUCAGCAUGUUGUUUUCAUCCAGCUGACAUUCUUCCACUGAAGAGAAAAAAGGAUAUAUUGCAUGGUCACAUUUGUUGUCACCAAAGGGAUCUUAAGAUCUUAAAGAUAGGUCUAGCCCUCCUCCCAACUUCUUCCCCACACACCAGAAGGGGAAAGAAAAUUAAAUUAAAGUGGGAGAUCCCAAAUUCUAAUUAACUGUCACUUAGAGAAGCCUUUAACAGAGAAUGUGAUUUUCUGCGUGGCUGUAAAAUUAUAGAAAUGUAUUUGCCCACACAUUAGAAACUGCUACUCAGCUGUCAAUGUGGUCAGUCAGUUGUGCAAUAUACAGGGCCUUUAGGCCCUUCUGGAACACUCAACAUACCAGAAAGACAUUUUCAUAUUCAACUUUAACAAAGGGAACAGCAACAACUAUUUCAUAAAAUGACAUUUUUCUUAAAUGCUGUCACGUGUUCACAUGUAUUUACAUCUGAAAGAUAUUCUGGGCCUUUCUGAGGCAAGGUAACACAGGAAGGGGAAUUUUCUCUAAAAAUACCUUAGAUUGGGAAAAGGAAUCAGUUUUUUUGUAGAGAAAAAGGGAACCUCCACCCCCACUCACACUCCCAAUAUAGAAGCUAUUAAAUAUCCAAAAUAGAACCAGAGAAUGUCAGGACUGUGGAAGAGUCUUAAACGCUUCAAUUCCAACUAUCACUGUAAACACUACAAUCAGAUGCUACUUACCAGAUCCAAACUUGUCACCUUCAAGCUUGAAAGCCUGGACCCACACUUUGAAUAUGUUGACUGAAAAUGUCUUUGUAACUUGAACAUUUUCCUCAGCAUUACACUUGUAAGAAUUUCCAAUAGUGGCUUGAAGUGCUCUCAGUGAGUCAUUGGAAGCUUUAAAAGUGGGGUCUGCAAAAUCAUUGAGUUGUCUAGUUAUUCUGGGAAAUCUUGUGGUGGUGGUAGUGGGGUAUAUUCAUAUGAAUUGUGGAAGUCUUACCUCUGGCGUCAGGAAGAGUUGUAUUUAACUGGAUUCCUUGGAGGAAAAACCGGUUAGAACUUGCAUUCUUAAAAGAGAAAGAACAAUUCUUUAUCAGACUUAUUAGAUUCAAAUUUUUAUUAAACCUGAAAAGUCACUGGUAAUAAAUCUUACUUCCCAUAUUUUUAGCUUUAGAAUGAAACUACAAAAUAUUCUGUCUAUAAAAGGCAUCAUACAAACUUGGAGAACAAAAAUUUUGACUAGUUCUUUCCAGAACAUUUUUGCAGAAUCAUUAAGAUUCUCUGAUAAAAUGGGGAUUGAAGGAUAUAUGUUCUAAAACAAAGUUUUUCUGAAUGGUACAGGGAAGCAGCAUUAGGAAAGCUAAAAUUAAUGAGAAACCCAAAUAUCGAUCAGUUCACUUGCAUAGCAUAUUGAAAAUAUUUAUAAUAAGUGACAUUUCUAUUCUUCAUGUAUUAUUUUGCAAACUUUGUAUGAUUCUUCCUAGGAUAUAUUAAGAAAAGGUACAGGAUAGAGAAAAUGCUAUUACUUCAGGUGUCAGCAGUUGCUUGGCACAUAGGAGGCACCUGUUAAAUGCCUGUUGAAAAAAUGGAUGAUGACAUUUGUUAGCAGAAAAAAAAAGGCAGAGGAACCAAAAUGAUCUUCAAAAUUGGGAGACAGAAAAAAGCAAGCAGACUCCAUUUUAAGGCAGGGCUGUGAAUUUUAAGACUCUACGUCCUAUUUUCAUUCUGGCUGUGCACCACACUGCAGCCUUGGCUUUCUAAAGCAGUAAGAACAGGGAUCCUACUGAGCACUACACUGAGUACAUGGAAAAAAGUUGUAGAGGGUAAACUACAGUACAAUGCAUGUUAGGAAACCAAGGCAAGCUUGACAUGAAAAUCCUUAGUAUUAAAGAAGAAAAACCACAGGUCCUCACCAUUCCAAAACUGAAGACAAGAAUGACAUUUUCACUUCGGAGCUCCAGAGUCACUAAAUGAGAGCUACAGUUCCCACUAACUGCGGUCUUAUUUGGGUUGAUAUUGAAUACUCUCGUCACAGUCUAAACAAGAAAGGCAAACAGAUUACCAUUCUAUUUUAUGCUUUGGGUCCUCCACAAACUUGGAAAGAACAAAAACAAUUCUAAAAUUGUAACUUCGAGACCACAUUUAUUUCAACAAAAACCAGAAGGAAAACAUUAGGAGUUUGCACUACUGCAGAUUUUUUGGAUUUCAAAACAGGUUUUCCCUGUUAUUUCUGAUUGAUACUGUUAGAAUGAUGCAUACCUGUGUGAAAAGUACAGAUCCUAGUGCCCUUCCUUUCAAGAUCACACACUUCAAAAUUCAUCACAAUUGUUGCUCAGAUGUGGCCCUCUCUCUCUAGCUAAGCCAACUUGAAAGGUGAAAUCACUGCCCUCCCCCCUACGUGGGAUCAGACACCCAGGGGAGUGAAUCUCCCUGGCAACAUGGAAUAUGAC